AUGCAGCUUCCAUGGCUUCUAGUCUUCAUCAUCAUCAUCAUCAUCAUGUGGCUAAACGUCUAUUUAGCAGUAGUCUAUGGAGCUGUGGAGUGCAAAAAUUGGUCAGAAAAUGUUGCAAGCACAGUUACUGUUGGGAAAUCUGGCCAUGAACUGUUCAAAACUAUACAAACUGCCAUUGAUUCCAUUCCUCAGAGUAAUAACAAAUGGAUUAAAAUCACAGUUUCUCCUGGUGUAUACAUGGAGAAGGUGAAUAUCCCAGAAGAGAAACCUUGUAUAUUUCUCGAAGGAUCUGGCCGUAGUCUUUCAACAAUAGUUUUCAAUGCACAUGAAGAAACUGAUACUAGUGCUACUUUCUCUUCGCUUGCAGAUAACUUUCUUGCAACGGGCAUUACUUUUCAGAAUUCUUAUAAUCGUGCAUUAAAGGAAGAAGAUGAGAAGAUAAGACAGGCAGUUGCAGCAAAAUUGUUCGGUGAUAAGUCUGCCUUUUAUGAAUGUGGUUUUGUGGGUUUCCAAGACACACUGUGGGAUGAAAAAGGCCGCCAUUAUUUCUACAAUUGCUACAUUGAAGGGGCUAUAGACUUUAUCUUCGGGAACGGCCAGUCGUUUUAUCAGGAUUGCCUGCUUAAUGCUACUUCUCCGGCAGUGGCUGGAAAUGUUGAAGCAGGUUAUAUUACAGCACAGAGCAGAGGAUCCAAUACUGAAACUACUGGUUUUGUAUUUAGGAAAGGCAGUGUUUCUGGGAGUAGCCAAACCUAUCUAGGCAGAGCCUAUGGUCCCUAUUCAAGAGUUAUAUUUCAUGAGACUACAUUUAAUGCUAUUGUUUCUCCUCAAGGGUGGAAUGCCUGGCAUUUCCAAGGACGACAAGGCAAUCUAGUAUAUACCGAGAUCGACUGCAAAGGACCUGGUUCCGACACAUCUAAACGUGUUCCAUGGAUGAAGAAGCUUGACCAGGAAGAGAUCUGUAAGUUCUCUAGGUCAUCUUUCAUAGACGAAGAUGGCUGGCUACAUAAAUUACCAUCUUUGCAACCACUUACCUAUGUUGGCUACCAUCAUCCACUAGACUCCCUUCCACUAAACGUGCUACCACCUUCACAAUCUAACAGCUCCAGUAGGCUGCAUCUGUUGCUAGCUGUUAUUAACAUUUUAUUUGGUUUCUACUAUAUAACUAAUUAA